UGGACGCUUUGCCACACAUAUGUAGAUCAGGCCACGAGAUUUAGAGAUCGCGUUGUCCACUAAUUUGCUUUGACAUCGUCGAACUACAUCUCCCGGAUCGUGUCAUGCGUCAAUUCGAUUUGGAGCAUGUUAUUCCGCAUGCCUGUGACACCCAACCUCAACUACAUGCGAUUGAUAGGAGGACUGGGGACAAGAACUACUUCAUACGACAUAGAUCGCAAGUAGAUGCGUGGAAUGACCAAGCAUCUCGAUUGGUUCAGGGAGAGAACUACACCGGUCAAAGCUCUGGUGCGUACAUGAAUUGGUACAGACGUAUCUCCAUACUACGCCUCACGAACACCACAUUUGCACAGCCAGGAUCACAUUACCAUCCGACAUCUACGUUACUGGCUGAGCGCAUCAGAUCGGUCCUCAUAAAAUGAAAUGACACGAUUCACGGGGCUGCUGCAUUACCAGUUGAUGUGGGGUAUCGGCUAUGUUCUCAGACCCUUGGCUCCAUUAACACGUCAUUAACCGAUGCAUUGAGUCAGGCGGGGUAUGAUUACCUCAUUCCAACUCUAUCCAUCAUUGGUGAGGUUGAUGAUACGUUCCACACUCCUUCUCCACGGAGUUCGGCCCACCGAGGUAGCUCUUUCGAAGGAUCAAGUAGUCGGUCCACAAGAGGUCGUGAGCGUUCAUCUACUCGAGGUCAGUCUUCCAGAUCCCCAUCGACAUCCGGUGCUAUGUCGCCAUUCGUUCCUCCAGCUUCCAUGACCACUCUUCCACAUCCAUCGCCUCCGCAUACGAUCAUUACAUAUUAGCGUGCUAGUCAAAGACGAGCUCCUGCUCUUAAUGUCAUUGUAGAGGUUGACGAGUCUACACCAUCCUCAUCCACCGGUGAGCAAAACAAAAGGGGCCGGGGAUUGUAGUUUAACACACUUUGUAUCAAUUUAUAUGGCUUGAACUUCUUGUAU